UUGGACACACGAGUACUUUGCAUUGGAGGAACAAAUGAAGGAGGCCGAGAACAAGUGAUUUCCUGCAUAUAGGGCCUAGGGUAGCCCUUUCCCUGACCAAAGAGGGAAAAUAUAUCCCUGAUCCGUAUAUUUCUGGAGACCCCGAGAGGUGAAGGGAUGCAGUAAACGCUCCCAGAGUCCCUCUGGAGUGCAGAUCACUUUUGCUGUCAAGCCACCUUUCCCUUCCUCUCAACCCUUACCCCUGCCUUAUAAGGAGAGGCAGCUGCUAGGGGCGUCCCUAGGAUCUAAAGAUAGAGGCCCUUGCCUGGGACUCCAAAAGCCACAGGGCAGCUGGAGUCACUAUGGAACGGUGAGUUUCAGGCCGCCAUCGUACAGAUCCCUUGCCCCCUCUCCUUGCAGAUUCCCUGCCCCGUGUCUUGUAGAAGCUGCUGAUUCUGCCCGGAUCCACCGGAGCGCUGGACUCCAGGCAGCCCGCCCGGACCCUGUGGUAUGACAGACCCAAAUAUGUUUUCAUGGAGUUUUGUGUUGAGGACAGCACCGACGUGAAUGUGCUCAUUGAGGAUCACCGCAUUGUGUUCAGCUGCAGGAACGGUGAUGGAGUGGAGCUGUACAAUGAGAUUGAGUUCUAUGCCAAGGUGAACUCCAAGGACUCCCAGGAUAAGCGCUCUGGUCGCUCUAUCACUUGCUUUGUGAGGAAAUGGAAGGAGAAGGUGGCCUGGCCACGGCUCACCAAGGAGGAUAUCAAGCCCGUGUGGCUCUCUGUGGACUUUGAUAACUGGAGAGACUGGGAAGGAGAUGACGAGGUGGAACUGGCUCAGGUGGAGCAUUACGCAGAGCUUUUGAACAAGGUCAGCACCAAGAGACCUCCCCCUGCAAUGGAUGAUCUAGACGAUGAUUCCGAUAGUGCGGAUGCAGCAACUAAUUAGCUUUCUGUGACAGCAGAGUUGGGGAGGAGGCUGUAGCUACCUUCUGUCGUGCUGAAAGGCUAUGGUGCGCCUUCAUCAACUGUUUUGUUAUGUGUCAAGAUCCACUGAGACCUCUGAACUUUUCCAGAAGUUUUCCUUCCUUCCUU